AUGGCAUCUAAGAAAUCAGAGAAACAAUUCAUGUUAUCAGAGAAUGAAUUUAAUCAAAUGGCCUAUGAUAAUACAGCAUUAAUGAAUCCACACUAUAUUGAUGAUAUAGAUUAUAAAAAUGAAAUUCAACCAAUGAAUUCUCAACAAACAAAAUCAAAUCAAUUUAUAAAUAAUGCUGAUUCCGAUCGUUAUAGUUGUUGGAGUCGUUUUACACACUGUAUUCGGAGUGCAUGGGCAACAAGAUUAACUGAGGAUACAAUGGAUAAUAGAGAAUUAUAUAUACAUACAACAUUGAGAGAAUUAGUGAUUUAUAUAUUUUUUCUUAUUACACUAAUGAUUGUUGCUUACGGACCAUUCAAUUCAAAUACUUAUUUAUUGACAAGCAGUAUGAACACUAUGUUUCUUCAAGCUCAAGUAACCAAUGGAACAGAUUCAUUAAGUACUGCUAGUUCACUUGAUGUUUUAUGGUCGGUAAUACAAGGUCCUAUUAUGAAUAAUUGGUAUAGUAAUACAUGGUAUAAUACGCAACCAUUUGCAACGGCAAAUAACUUAACCCUAUUAUAUCAGAAUCGUCUAAUUGGUGUGCCACGUCUAAGACAGCUACGUAUGCCAUCUAAUUCGUGUAUGAUUCCAGUUUACUUCGCUGAUGAUAUCAAAGAAUGUUAUGGACAAUAUCAAGAAGCGAAUGAAGAUAAAAAACCAUUUGGUUUAAAAAAUGGUACAGCUUGGACAUAUACAUCAUCUGAUCAAUUAGGUAUGUAUUCAUAUUGGGGUUCAGUUAGUUCUUAUGGAGGUGGAGGUUAUUAUGAAGAUUUAUCACGUGAUCAAACGGAAGCAGCAAGUCAACUUGAUAGAUUAUUUCAAAAUUUAUGGUUAGAUAGAGGAACUCGAGUUCUAUUUAUACAUUUUACAACGUAUAAUCCAAAUAUGAAUUUAUUUUCUGUUGUUGAGAUUGUUGUUGAAGUUCCAGCAUCAGGAAGUCUCGUCCUCAAUAGUGAUUUUAGAUCAGUUAAACUCUUGCGUUAUGUAACUCCAUUUGAUUAUUUUGUAUUAGUAUGUGAAUGUGCAUUCUUAUUAUUUAUCGCUUAUUAUGUAGUUGAAGAAAUUAUGGAAAUAAAGAAACAAGGAUGGAUUUAUUUUGUAUCUGUAUGGAAUUCAUUAGAUAUUAUUAUUAUUCUUAUUAGUAUUGUAUGUGCAGCAUUCAAUAUUUAUCGUACAAUAAUUGUAAUCAAUUUACUUGAAAGUAUAUUAUAUAAUCCAAAUGAAUUUGCUAAUUUUCAAAUGUUAAGUAUAUGGCAAGUGAAUUUCAAUUUUGCUAUCUCUAUUACUGUAUUUCUAGCUUGGGUUAAAUUGUUUAAAUACAUCAGUUUCAAUAAAACAAUGACACAAUUAAGUUCAACACUUGGUAGUUGUGCAAAAGAUUUAGCUGGUUUCGCUAUCAUGUUCUUUAUUGUAUUCUUUUCAUUUGCACAACUUGGUUAUUUAGCAUUCGGUACACAAGCAAAAGAUUUCAGUUCAUUUAUUACAGUUGUUUAUACCCUAUUUCGUAUUAUAUUGGGUGAUUUUGAUUUUAAUGCAUUGGAAACAGCAAAUCGAGUGUUUGGUCCAAUUUACUUCAUUGUUUAUGUAUUCUUUGUAUUUUUUGUACUUAUUAAUAUGUUUAUUGCAAUUAUCAAUGAAACUUAUUCAUCAGUUAAAUCAGAUUUAGAAAAACAACCAAAUGAAUUUGAAAUGAAAGAUUUUCUUAAAGAUAGAAUGAGAAAUAUGCUAGAAAAAUUAAAAAUUAAAAAGAAACGAAUUGAAAAUAUACAAAAUGCAAUGGAAUUGGCUGAUUUUAAUAAAGAUGGUAAAUUAGAAUAUACGGAAUUGUGGAAACAUUUGAAAACCAAAGGUUUUACUGAUGAAGAAAUAAAAAUGGUAUUUGAAAAUUUCGACGAAAAUAAAGAUAACAUUUUAUCACAUACGGAACAGUUGAAAUUAAAAGCUUCACUAGAAGAACAAAAGAUCGCUUUAGUCAGUGAAUUAGCUAAAGAAGAGCGCUUGAAUGUAGACGAAAAACAACCUGGAACAAGUCAAUCAAAAAUAGCACCGACUACACAAAUUAAAAUUGAUAUAAAACAAGCUGAAUUUAUGCAAUUAUAUAAACGUGUUAAUCGUAUUGAAAAUGGUAUGGGUCAAGUUAUUGGACAUAUUGAAGAUGUGUUAAAAUCUUUAGCAACAUUGGAAAAGAUCAAAGUUAUACGCCGUGAAACAAUGACACAAUUUUUACAAACUAUUAUUUCAACUAGUCCACAAGACAGAGGUGAUCGAUUGGAUGAUAUUAUUCAAGCUGGUUUAGACAACAUGACAAGUACGGUUGAUCUACAACAUGAGUGA